UUCUGCCUCCUGGGGAAAAAGGGGAGGGCGAGUUUCCCGCCGUGACGCCGCCGUCCCGCGAAGACCACGACGAGGGUUUCGCGUCGUCCGCCGGGAAGACAUCACCGCCGUCGCCGACGCCAGCCUGGAGAUGGCAAGUGGGGAUAAUGAUUUUGGAGACAAUGCUGAGCCCCUAUGGAGACAUGUUGACGUUUUGGAGGGGUCUGGUUCACUUGAUGAAGAUAAUGUGAGGUUCCUAUGUGACUACUGCAAUCGUGUCUUUCAUGGAAACUAUUCAGCGGUGGAGGCACACCUGCUUGAAUGGUCUCGGCAUGGUGUUGAAGAUUGCACAGGGUUGACAGAUACUAUCCAUACACAACUUGAGAAUGAGUAUGUCGCUGCAGAAGAUUCAAAUGCAAGAACCAUGCCUAUGGAUAUGCCCUUAACACAUUCUGCUACUAGCAGCGAUUCUAGUGGCAGGUCAGUCACAGGCAAAGCUAUAGUUCAGCCAAAGAGACGAAAGAAGAGCACAGAUUUUCAUGAGGAUAUUCGUGCGAUGUUUCGUGAUCUUUUGGAUGCUGAAAUUGCAAGACUGUUCUAUUCUGCAGGCUUGGCGCUUGAUGUUGCAACAAACCCAUAUUAUGAUAUCUCAUUUUCUCUAGCCAGGAAGAAAGACAUUCCUGGUUGCACUGAUGUCAAAAAUGCUUCUAUGGAAAGCCAAGAUCACUGGGCUUCUCAAGUUGCAAUGAUCGUCUAUUAUUCAGGCUUGUCAUUCAAUCUUGCAAAGAACCCAUAUUAUCAUGGUUCUUUAUCUGUUGCCACAAUGGUCCACAUUCCUGGUUAUCCUCCUCCUGGACCUGAGAAGCUGAAGACAACUCUUUUGAAAUAAGAAAGGGCUCGUAUCGAAGGUGUGCUAGAGACCAUUA